AGCCGAACCUGGCUCUCACACUCUCUCUUUCUCUCUCUGUUUGUGCUCUUUCUGACUUUCCUCCUAUUUAUUCACCGCUUCCGGUUGUAACCGUCGCUUGAAUUUAAACCUUGAAGCCGAGAGCGCGUGCACCGGACAUCAUCAUCAUGAUGAUGGUGUUGAGGCUGGAAUAACAGCAAUGCGGUGACCUCAGAGCAGCUGGGAAAUAAUCAACACCGCUGUGGAUUGCUGACCCCCUUCUCCGAAGUCCAAAAUGAAUGGCUACGCUGCUCCGACAUUCCCCUCUGGAAACUUCAUCACCUCCCAGCUGAAUGGCUACUUCUCUCAGUCACCAGAGCUCCCAGCGCUCGACACCAACAAAUCCAGCGCAAAGGCUCUCUACGGGACAGAUGGGCUUUACUUCCUGCACUCUUCAGCCAAACACAAAAAGAAAGAGCAAAGAAAGAGCUACAGUAAGAACAGCAUGAUCACCGGCAUGACCGACACGUCGCAGUACCUCGUCGAGCACCUGACCACGUUCAUCAUGGACCGUAAGGACGCCAUGCUGACCAUCGACGACGGCAUCCGUAAGCUGCGCUUGCUGGACGCUAAAGGGAAGGUGUGGACGCAGGAGAUGCUGCUGCAGGUGGAUGACAAGGCAGUGAGCCUCAUCGAUGCCGACAGCAAGAACGAGCUGGAGCACUUCCCUCUGGGCACGGUGCAGCAUUGCCAGGCCAUCAUGAACUCCUGCAACUACGACUCCAUCCUGGCGCUGGUGUGUAAGGAGUCUGGACAGGGCAAACCAGACCUGCACCUCUUCCAGUGUGAUGACAUCAAGGCAAAUUUGAUCCAAGCCGAUGUUGAAAGUGCCAUCAAUGAUCACAAGGGUGGGAAGGUUAAAAAGCGGCCGGAGGUUCUCAAAAUGAUCCGUAAGAGCGAUGGGACUAUUCCACCUCCUCCCGGUGGCCCCGCCCCUGUUCCUCCAGUAGCCGCCAGUCAAGUGGGUAUGAACAGAGUGGCUGCUUGGUCAAACUCCAGUGAUCAUCAAGACUACGAUACCCAAAGGCCAUACGGGGAACAGGAUGAAUCUCCAGAGAUGACUGCAGUGCGAAUAGACAGAGACGUGCAAAUCCUGAACCACAUUCUGGAUGACAUCGAGCACUUUGUCACCAAGCUUCAGAAAGCCGCAGAGGCUUUUAACGAGCUUUCCAAGAGGAAGAAAUCAAAAAAGAGCAAAAAGAAAGGACCAGGAGAGGGAGUGCUGACGCUCAGAUCGAAGCCGCCGGGACAGGAUGAAUUCGUCGACUGCUUUCAGAAAUUUAAACAUGCCUUCAACUUGCUGGCAAAGUUGAAAACCCACAUUCAGAACCCCAGCGCAGUGGAUCUGGUCCAUUUCCUGUUUAAUCCACUCAAAAUGGUGGUUCAUACAUCAGGAGGAGUCGACCUGGCUAAGAGUGUAGUGGUUCCACUCCUCACCAGAGACGCCAUAGAGUUCCUGCACUCUGCAGGCACUGCUGAAGAGCGCCAUCUGUGGGUCAUGCUGGGAGAUGGCUGGACUAAAUGCAGGCUGGAGUGGCCUAAGGAUCAUUACUUCCCUCCUCACACCCUGCGGUUCCGGGAUGGCUGGGAGCCUCCGCUGCUAGUGAGCCGAGAGCAAGGCCUGACUCAGCUGGCUGAGAGCCUGGCUCACGCUGACCUCCACAGACCGGAGCAGCAGGCCAACAUGCAGGAGUUCCCCUCAGCAGAAGGGUAUGGCUUUCCCACCACCGCCUACGAACACAUGCACCUCCUGGAUACACACAUGGCAGUGGCUGCCUUUAAGCAGGCGUUCAGCCACCACGUAGAUAGAAACUCUGAAGCCCGUGCUAGAGGCCAACCGAGAAGUUUUGCCAAAUCAAAAUACGACUUUGUGGCCAGGAAUGGCACAGAGCUGUCUGUGCUGAAGGACGAGAUGGUGGAGGUUCUGGAUGACAGGAAACAGUGGUGGAAGGUUCGAAACGGAACUGGACUUGUGGGAUACGUGCCAAACAACAUCCUCGAGAUCACCAAGGCUGUGGAUAUGAAUGGACGCGGCGAGCCAAUUUACAGCCAUACCAUUCAGAAGCAGAGAGCGGACUACGUGCCCAAACCCGGAAUCACAUCCAUCCCUCCGGCUCCGACUCCUCCUCCUCCAGCUCCUGCUCCUCCCAUCUACUCCCUGCCCCACAGCGCACCUGCUCCUCUAGAGCAUCAUGGGAACUCGCCGUCCAACAUCAGCCGCCAGAGCAGCAGCAACUCCAGUGACAACGGCAGCAUCACGAUGAGGGAGCAGAAAGAACACAGCGUGACGCCUGCUAAUCGCCGCAAGUCCAACAUGGAGGAGGUUCAGGACGAGCUGGUGCACAGACUCACCCUCGGUCGCAGCGCUCAGAAAAAGUUCCAGGCUCCGCCACGCAGCACCUCUCAGCCCACUGCUAACAUCACCUACGACUCCACGCCCGAGGAGGUCAAAGCCUGGCUGGAGGUUAAAGGCUUCAGCGCUGUGACCGUAAACAGUCUGGGUGUGUUGACCGGAGCUCAGCUCUUCUCCCUCAACAAAGACGAGCUGAAGACCGUGUGUCCUGAUGAUGGAGCUCGGGUCUACAGCCAGGUGACCGUACAGAAGGCUGCCCUCGAGAGGAGCUCGGGCUCUGAGCUUCAGGAGAUCAUGAGGAGGCGACAGGAGAAACUAGCAGCGACAACAGCCAGCGACUCAGGAGUCGAGUCCUUUGAUGAGGGGAGCAGCCACUGACCCCCUCGUCCUUCUCUUCUCUUGCACUUUUUCAUCCUUUUCACAUUGUCGUUUUUCAGGACGCGGUGGAGUUUGCAGCCAUCAUGCGCCGUCGUCAGGAGCUCCUGGACCCGCCCGACCACGGAACCAGCUCGGACAUAGAUUAAGCAGCAGCAGCAGCAGCACGGACCAAAACGCCGUGUUUGCCCGAAGAAAGAUGUAGGAUUUGUAAUAUACUUGCUACGUAGACCAAAAUAAAGUAACCCAAUGAAGCUGAUUGUAGGUUUAAUAUAAAUAAUAUAUAACAAGGCUGAAGAGCAUGUAGUUGUCUGUAGAGCCGUCAAGUUAAGCGUUAAAUCGACAUCAUCUUCAGUCCUUACUGUUAUAAAUAUUUAAAACUCAGAUUAUUAUUUAAAACGAUAAGAAUUUAAAAAUGAUUGUGUACUACUGCUGUAAGUGUAAGUACCUGGAAGGAAAGAAGACGCUGAAUGACAGGAGGUGUUGUAACGUGUGAGGCUGAUGACACGAUUGACUGAAAGUGAGCAGGACAUGGACAUGUUGUGAAGCAGGACGUGCUCAGGACGGCGAGGAGGGAUUUCUGCUGGACUUUCGAGACAGACAUGGACUUUUUUUUUUUUAAUUUUAAUUAAACGAUCGGAUUUAGACCGCCAUUGAACAUGUGUACCUACAUGUUUGUACAGUGGGCUGUUGGCUUCUUGGACAGUAAAGCGUCUGGAACUUUUCCUCUACUAACCACACGCACACGGUGUACUCGAUACAGAAAUAGACGCAGUGUGACGGGGAUCAGUGUACAUUUUUGUUUGCUGGAAAAAGAAGAUAUUUAUGUGUUUGAUAAUUUUCUAUUUAAGCCUAAUGCCAAAUGAGUAACUUUAUAUACGACUCACCGUCCAUGAAAAGCCGUGGCCACAUUCGAACAUGCGUUCCUGUCCUUCUGCCGUGUCCCAUCUAAUACCGUAGAUAUGUUUUCAGGGAUAAUUUUUUGUACUAGAAUUGACAAAGUUGGCUGUUUUUAAGGUUGCGUUCCAAACACCUGCAUGCAUAAUCAUUUCUGUUUUGGAUACAGUGGACAGGAUGAUUUUAUAGUCUGCUUUUUUUUUUUGGGGGGGGGGGCAUAUGGUCAUCAGAGUUUGAUUUUAAUGUCUGUUCCAUGAAUUUCCGUGAUUUUGAUCUGAUGUAAUCUGAAUAUCUUUCAACACUGACGGUCAGAAGGACUCGAGUAAGGUUGUUUUUGUUCAUGGCACCACGUUUCUCUCUUUGAUUUCUUAGUGACUUAAGUGCCAUGUUGACAUACGAAGAUCUUAAACAGCAGUAAACGAAUAGUACAAGACUCUCUCUCAUAAGCUGUCCCGUAAGCCAUUGACUCGGUAGGUGACGCGUCCACACGUCCUCAUCUCCUGCUUUUCGGCUUGAUGACGACGAUGAAGGCUGGCCAUUUUCUAUGAUCUAAGUAGCACUUAAAUGGAAGGACCUUCAGAAUUUAAUAAAGCUAUAUGAAAUCUA